AUGCACUUGCUUCUGAGUGAUGAAGAAACAUACGCCCCGGCUGCAAGAGACCCUACACCUAAGCUACAAAGGGACUUGCAAAAGCUUCUGUCCGACAUCUUCCGCAUGGUGCCGCCUCAACACAAGCAGCUGUAUUAUAAAUUGCUUUGCCACAAUGGAUCAGCUCCAGCUAUAUACGGCCUACCGAAGGUACACAAGACCGAUAUCCCCCUCCGGCCUAUAGUGGACUUCACUCGCUCCCCGCUCUACAGGCUGUCAGGUUUUCUUCAUAGGGUCAUCUCGCCCCUGGUAGGCAAAAGUGCUACCUAUAUACGCAACACGUAUGACUUCAUCGAAAAGGUCAAAGACACAAUAGUCGAUCCGGACGAAGUCUUGGUUGCCUUCGACGUUGUGUCACUUUUCACGAGUGUACCCAUAGACAUGGCCGUGGAUGUGUGCGUUACCGCCCUCGACAAGGACCCGACAUUGCCUGAGCGAUCUCCCCUCGAAGUGCACGACUUAGGCAGUCUACUCAAGUUUUGCCUGUCGAACACCUAUUUCACCUUUCAGAAGAAGUAUUACCGGCAGUUACACGGUGCGGCGAUGGGGGCGUCGAUUUCGGUGACUGUUGCUAACCUAACAAUGGAGGCUAUUGAAGCUCGGGCACUUUCCUCGUUUACGCCGAAACCGAAGUGCUUUCUGAGGUAUGUCGACGACUGCUUCAGUGUUUUGCAGCGGCAGAACCUCGACCUAUUCACGGUUCACCUCAACAGUAUGCAUCCAGCAAUUCAGUUCACAGUCGAAGCGGAGUCUGAGGGCCAGCUACCGUUCUUGGACGCCCUGGUGAAACGCGAUGGCUCAGGCUUGUCGUUCAAGGUGUUUAGGAAGCCCACUCACACUGGCCGCUACCUCAACUACAGAUCGGUGCACCCGGCUUCGCUAAAGAGGUCCGUUGUCGGCUCUCUUCUUCGUCGGGCGGAAAGGUGCCCGCCCAAUCUGGACCCACACGGAAACGGGCCGAAAUUCCGUACGUUCCGGGAGUAA